AAUCACUGAGCCGCUGCUGUGGGAGAUCUAUCAGGACCUGAAGUCACCCUCCACACAGAGCAAGACCAAAAGCCUGCCAGGAAAAGAGUGGACUUCAACCAUGGCUAAAGGACUGUGUUCCCUGUUUUUGGUGGUGGUGGCUGUUUCUUCCAGCUUUGGAAAGCCCGAAAAACAAACGGCGACUCCUCAAAAAGAAAAGAAAUUUCCACAGACCCUGUCCAGAGGUUGGGGUGAUGAACUCACCUGGACCCAGACAUAUGAAGAGGCUUUGUUCAGAGCCAAAUCAAGCAACAAGCCACUCAUGAUCAUCCAUCACCUGGAAGAUUGCCCACACAGCCAGGCUCUGAAGAAGGUGUUUGCUAACAACAAAGAAGUCCAAAAAAUGGCUAAUGAAGACUUCAUUCUGCUGAACUUGGUGUAUGAAACUACAGAUAAGCACCUGUCUCCUGAUGGCCAGUAUGUGCCCAGAAUUAUCUUUGUAGAUCCUUCCCUGACUGUGAGAGCUGACAUUACAGGGAGAUACGCCAAUCGCCUCUAUGCUUAUGAGCCAUCAGACAUCAACCUGUUGAUCAGCAACAUGCAGAAAGCCAAGAAGCUGCUGAAGACGGAGUUGUAGGAGCUGGAGAGAGCUGUCGAGCCUCCGAGGGUCUGAAGAUAAUCCUUGUGCUGUAGUGUCAGUGUCAAGUAGUCGGAGCGCCUGGAAUGUUUACUGGUGUAAUACUAAGCACUGAGUACUGUGUGUGUUCACUUUCAGGGGUGGGAGGCUUUGCUUUCAAAGAUUCUGUUAUUAUUUGUAUGUCUGUGUUUGGAAUGCUGAAUAUUGCCACAUGCUUGUAUAAUAAAUGUAGCUGUUUUCAAUAACA